AUGACAUCGUUCAAUCAACUGAAGCCUCCAGAGCGCGAUCUCACUCUGAUGUCCCACAUGAAGUCCAUCAAGUCCCUGAGGCAGGCUGGCAUCACGGCAGCUUUCUUCACUGGACAAACGAAACUUGACUGCGACGAGGUUUCGCCGAAGGAACCAGUUGCGGACGUUAUCCUGGCCGACAUCGAGGCCCUGGUGCCCACUCACGACGAGAUCGGUCGCCCCAUUGCUGAGUGGAAACGUCAGGUGAUGGUGAGACAAAUGCAGACCCGACUACAGGAUGAGGAGGACCAGAGGAGAAAGGACCUGACAAAUGAAGGCCCACGUGUGGACAGCUGGAAGUUCUCCCAAACCCAUAAUGCUGUCUUGGGGCCCUUUGGAGAGCUUCUAACUGAAGAUGACCUGCUGUAUCUGCAACAGCAGAUUGACAACGUGUCCCUCCAGAAGCGUCAACAGGCCUACGAGCUGGAGCUGACCAGGUUAAUGGAAGAACUGAGGUCUAUGUUACCAGACCAGAUUGUGAACAUCUCCCUGAACAAAGAGGCUCUGCAGCAGAUCGAUGAGCAGGGAUGCCGAUCACUGCCAGUCUGCUGUAGCCGAGUCUCGGAGAUAGUCAGGACUAUGUCGCUGUUGGUGUCCAACCUGAACCAGACCACUGAAAAUGGAGUUGAGGGGACCACAAUGAAGGGACCACUGGGAGCAAGGGAUGGUCUGGAAGUAGACCUUGGCCAUAAAAUGUUACCAGGACCAAAUGGAAGAGAGACAGUGUCCAGUUUUGGUCAUCGCUUGGACAGCAACAGGGAACGGGUGGAGAAAGAGAUUCGUCAGUCCGGGGUGUCUGUCAGAAUCCUCAGAGCCAACUUUGAGGGUCAGAUUGGUGGCAUUUAUCCCUUUGCCGGGGUGGUUCCAGGUAGCCAGGCCUUGAAGAACCAAUUAGUAUCUGGAUCGUCAGCGAUGAACAAGCUAAAUGGUAACACAAGGUUCAGUGGAGAUCCUAUCAAGCAUUCACCCGUGAUAGAGACCACUAGUCUAAGGAAAGAGCGCAUUGUAGUUCUGUUCCUGAGCCACUGGAAGAAGUCGGCUUACGCUAUUUCUUUGCGGGCAGCCAUGCGGGAUGCAAAAUCGGAACAAGGCCAUCAGAGAAUCCCGUCCUUGUUUCAGUUCUGCCAAAAGCGUGGCGCGGUGGACAAGAUGUUAACCUCCUGGAGGAAUAAACUCCAGGUGUGCGGUGCUCCAACAUCCCAUUUGGCAUUGUCCCAAAUUCAACUGCCUGCGUACUCUCCAGAGCAAUUCCUACCCGAGGUGGAUGGAGCGGUUGUGAGCCACGAUUGCUUGACGUUGGACCUCUUCAUGCUGGGAUACUUCCACAUUUUGGAGCAGGAGUUGUCACCAGUUGAGAGGAAGAUGAGGCAUCUGCUCUGCUUCGAAGUCUUUGACCACGUGGGGAGUUUCCCCUGGGAGAUCGUGAGGAAAUUCCACAAGGUUGUUCUCCAGGAAAUCGGAGCCGGGAAGCGACAUUGGAGUGAUGGCUUCGAUGACAUCAAACUUCGCUUCUUUGGUCAGUCGGAACCAAAGUCAGAUUCCGGGCCAGUGCCUUCGCUUGCAGCUCAGAGUGCUUCAUUGGAUGAGGGCGGCAGAGGUACGGACUUGUCCUGCUUCAACAAUGAGGAUAUUUGUCAAUUUAUUGAUCGCAGUUUUGCUUUCUGGAAGGAGAAGGAAGCGGAAAUCUUUGAUUUUGAAAAGUAG